GGCUCCCAGGUGGGAGGGGUGGGGGGAGGCGUUGGCACCGGGGUCCGGAGUGGCAGUAAAAGAGGAAGAUGGCGGGGUGCAGGGGCUCCCUGUGCUGCUGUUGCAGGUGGUGCUGCUGCUGCGGGGAGCGUGAGAGCCGCACCCCGGAGGAGCUGACCAUCCUUGGGGAGACACAGGAAGAGGAGGAUGAGAUCCUUCCAAGGAAAGACUAUGAGAGUUUGGACUAUGAUCGCUGUAUCAAUGAGCCUUACUUGGAGGUUUUGGAGACCAUGGAUAACAAGAAAGGUCGACGGUACGAGGCCGUGAAGUGGAUGGUGGUGUUUGCCAUUGGAGUCUGCACUGGGCUGGUGGGACUCUUUGUGGACUUUUUUGUGCGACUCUUCACGCAACUCAAGUUUGGAGUGGUGCAAACAUCGGUGGAGGAAUGCAGUCAGAAAGGCUGCCUUGCCCUGUCCCUCCUCGAACUCUUGGGCUUUAACCUGACCUUUGUCUUCCUGGCAAGCCUCCUGGUCCUGAUUGAGCCAGUGGCAGCAGGUUCUGGAAUACCUGAGAUCAAAUGCUAUCUGAAUGGCGUGAAGGUGCCAGGAAUUGUUCGGCUCCGAACCUUGCUCUGCAAAGUCUUCGGGGUACUAUUUAGUGUGGCUGGAGGGCUCUUUGUGGGGAAGGAAGGUCCCAUGAUCCACAGUGGUGCUGUGGUGGGAGCUGGCCUCCCUCAGUUUCAGAGCAUCUCCUUGCGGAAGAUCCAGUUUAACUUCCCCUAUUUCCGAAGCGACAGAGACAAGCGAGACUUUGUAUCAGCAGGGGCAGCUGCUGGGGUUGCUGCAGCUUUUGGGGCUCCAAUCGGGGGUACCUUGUUCAGUCUGGAGGAGGGCUCAUCCUUCUGGAACCAAGGGCUCACGUGGAAAGUGCUUUUUUGUUCCAUGUCUGCCACCUUUACCCUCAACUUCUUCCGUUCUGGGAUUCAGUUUGGAAGUUGGGGUUCCUUCCAGCUCCCUGGAUUGCUGAACUUUGGCGAGUUCAAGUGUUCUGACUCUGAUAAAAAAUGUCAUCUCUGGACAGCUAUGGAUUUGGGUUUCUUCAUCGUGAUGGGGGUCAUUGGGGGCCUACUGGGAGCAACAUUCAACUGUCUGAACAAGAGGCUGGCAAAGUACCGUCUGCGAAAUGUACACCCCAAGCCUAAGCUCGUCAGAGUCCUGGAGAGCCUCUUGGUGUCCCUGGUAACCACUGUAGUGGUGUUUGUGGCCUCCAUGGUGUUAGGAGAAUGCCGACCAAUGUCUUCUGCGAGUCAAAUUAGUAAUGACUCAUUCCAGCUCCAGGUCACAUCAGAAGAUGUGAACUCAAGUAUCAAGUUGUUUUUUUGUCCCAAUGAUACCUACAAUGACAUGGCCACACUCUUCUUCAAUCCUCAGGAGUCUGCCAUCCUUCAGCUUUUCCAUCAAGAUGGCACCUUCAGCCCCAUCACCUUGGCCUUGUUCUUCAUCCUCUAUUUCCUGCUUGCGUGUUGGACUUAUGGCAUUUCUGUUCCCAGUGGCCUUUUUGUGCCUUCUCUGCUGUGUGGGGCUGCUUUUGGACGUUUAGUUGCCAAUGUCCUGAAGAGCUACAUUGGACUGAGCCACAUCUAUUCGGGGACCUUUGCCCUGAUUGGUGCCGCUGCUUUCUUGGGUGGCAUUGUGCGGAUGACUAUCAGUCUCACAGUCAUCCUGAUAGAGUCUACCAAUGAGAUCACUUACGGCCUUCCCAUCAUGAUCACUCUGAUGGUGGCCAAGUGGACAGGGGACUUUUUCAAUAAGGGCAUUUAUGAUAUCCAUGUGGGCCUGCGAGGUGUGCCACUUCUGGAGUGGGAGACAGAGGUGGAAAUGGACAAGCUGAGAGCCAGUGAUAUCAUGGAGCCCAACCUGACCUACGUCUACCCACACACCCGCAUUCAGUCUCUGGUCAGCAUCCUGCGUACCACUGUCCACCAUGCCUUCCCAGUGGUCACAGAAAACCGGGGCAAUGAGAAGGAGUUCAUGAAGGGCAACCAGCUCAUCAGCAACAACAUCAAGUUCAAGAAAUCCAGCAUCCUGACCCGGGCUGGAGAGCAGCGCAGACGGAGCCAAUCCAUGAAGUCCUACCCGUCCAGCGAGCUGCGCAACAUGUGUGAUGAGCACGUGGCUUCUGAGGAGCCAGCCGAGAAGGAGGACCUGCUGCAGCAGAUGCUGGAGAGGAGAUACACUCCCUACCCCAACCUAUACCCUGACCAGUCCCCAAGUGAAGAUUGGACCAUGGAGGAGCGCUUCCGCCCGCUGACCUUCCACGGCCUCAUCCUUCGCUCUCAGCUUGUUACCCUGCUUGUCCGAGGAGUUUGUUAUUCUGAAAGUCAGUCCAGUGCCAGCCAGCCACGCCUUUCCUAUGCUGAGAUGGCUGAGGACUACCCGCGGUACCCUGACAUACAUGACCUGGACCUCACCCUGCUCAACCCCCGGAUGAUCGUGGAUGUCACCCCAUAUAUGAACCCUUCGCCAUUCACCGUCUCCCCUAACACCCAUGUCUCCCAAGUUUUCAACCUGUUCAGAACCAUGGGCCUGCGCCACUUGCCUGUGGUGAAUGCAGUAGGAGAGAUCGUGGGGAUCAUUACGCGGCACAACCUGACAUAUGAGUUCCUGCAGGCCCGGCUGAGGCAGCACUACCAGACCCUCUGAUGGCCCAGCAGCCUUCUGCCACUGCCAGCCCACUCUCCCGGAGCUGUCCCUGCAAGUGGCUCACUCACUUGCCGGCCCCACAGCUGGCACAAAGGCUCUCAGUCACCCAUGCACUCAGAAAGCCUGGAGUCACAGACUGCUUGGCUGACCAGAGGCCCCGGGUGGUGUUGAACUGAAAGUUGGGGCUUUGCUAACUUCCUCAACAAGUAUCCUCUGUUUCCUGCUCCCCUGACCCCUGCCAUCCAUUAUUGAUUGGCACAGAUUCCUGAAAGAGCCAGGGCCAGAGGUAAAGUCAGGCUGGGUACCUGGGGGACACUUGGAGCAGUUUUCUGCCCCCCUGUGGCUUUCCUGGAGAGCCUGAUUAUUGCCUUAACUGUUCUGGGAGAGACUUGCGCUGAGACAGCACUGGGAAUGCCAUUUGCAAAUCAGAUCAUUUCUAAGUUUAGGAAUUGGGCACUGAAAGGAUUACCCAAGUACAGGGAGGCCUUCCUCUAGGGGUCCUGUUCUUUGCAGUGCUGGGGAGUGAAACCAUGCAGGCCCUCUCAGCAUCUCUGGUCCAUCUGCUCAAGGGAGAUGUCUGUUUUCCAGGAGCAAAUAUGUGUUCUGGAUCUCUCCCCACACUCAGAGCUCCUUAGAAUCACCACUACCCAGGAGCACAAAGUAUUGAAAUCCCACUAACAGCCUGUGGACCACAGCCUAUUGAAAGUCACAGUGACAUCUCCCUUCACUUUGAAGUUUUCCGCAAUCUUCAUGUGUGAACUAAACCUGGUCUCCCAGGAGUGCGUCUUCCCCAUUCAUUCCUGGUCCUUAACUUCCAUAACUUGCUAGACUUUCUAAGGUUUCAUUUCUGUCUUCCUGGUGGUCUCAUUCCCAAAGUUAACCAAAAGUGGGGAACCUAAUCAGAACCACUUCUGUGUGCGCCAGGGACUGGGAUGGCUCUGUCAUUUGUCAAGGAGCCGUGUGAGCCAGAGCCACUCAGGCACAUGUUACGAGAAAGCAGGUAACUCUUUGAAGGAGGCUUUUUCCCUUCACGCUCACCACUCCCUGCUGCCCACUCAAACCCUCCUCCUGAGGGCUCACAGCCUCCACAGAGACUGCCGGGCUGGGAUGUAAGGAGAUACUCUUGUCUGCAUCAUGGAAGGAACAUGUCUGCACACGUGUACACAUGCCUGCCUGAUCUUUCAUGACUUCGUUCUCUCCUGGCUGCUGGUCCCCUAAGUAGGCGCCACAGUGAACAUCCGGGCAGGGGCAUUUGCACUUCCUUUCUCCAGCCUAGUGUCCCUAUGGCAGCUGUUCUUUGGGACACAAGAUGGAGUGAGUUUAUUCACAUUCAAUGUUUUUUAAACCAUGGGACUCCAUAUGGCAUGUCUUCCUGGGUGUGGAGUACUCCUGGCUGGGCUGGGCAGGGUCUUGUGUUCAGUACGUUCUAGUGAUGGGGGCCGUCUUAGAUCUUUUCCAGCAAUUGUGGCCCAUGGCCCUGUCUAUUGUCCCUAUUAUGUUAUCUUUUUGACCAGAACAACCUUGGCUUAUACACUUUGUAGCUUUGGGAGAUGCACCUGACCUGUGAAUGAGGAGUGAUAGAUAACACCCAAUAGUGAGUUUUGAAAAUCAUAACCCUUCGAAACAGGGUCAUUUAAUGGCAGUGUUCAGAGCCUGCCAUAUUGUUUCUUCUUUUUCUCAAGAAGGAAACCAGUUGCUCAGUUCAAGAGAAAGGUGUGUCACUUGCCAUAGAAGCUGCGUCCUGCUUCCUGCCCUCACAGGUGGGCAGAGCACCUUGACUUUGAGGGCAUGGCUCCGCAGCCACCUUUGUGGUUGGUAGGGAUUUGUCCCUCCUGUGCCUGUGUUUAAGUCACCAUCAGUUUAAGUUCAGAAUAGACAUAGAGUGCAGAUGCCCCCUCCCCACCCCCACUCCAGGGAAGACCCAAGCCCAGGUGGCUCCUAGGGUACAUUUGCUUCUGCCUGUACCUGUCAUUUCCAGAAAAGCCCAAAGACAGCUUCUGUAGUCAUGACCGGUAACUGUAAACCUCCGCUCUUACCACCAAUUGCUGUUGAUUGGAAGCUACCAGCCCUGUGGUCCCCAGUGCUGUGGCACCGCAGCAGACAAUUCCAUGGAGGGCGUCUGGGCUUGGUCAGAUGGCUUCUUGUGUUUCUUCUCCAGCUUGGCAUUUUAUGGCUUACUGGAUGAGGUGAUCCAGGAGUGGGGGAAACACGCAAGUCCCCAGUGGGAAUUGUGUACUUGUACUUAAUAGUUCCAGCUGGGAUUGACAUUGACCCAGAAAGCCAUGUCACUGUCCUGAUGCAGAAGUGCACACUGACAGCCCUGAUGACACCACGACUUCCGGAGAGGCCAGCUUGGCCUGCUGGGCUGGCUGUGUUGACGUGCAGUACUGCCCUUGGCUCCUGUGGACCCUGCCCUUUCCACAGCCGCAGCUCCGUCCUUCCGUUUGCACUGUUUGUUUAUACAGUAACAUUAGCUAAUCCCACUGUGUAUAUAAAUGGUAUUUUUUUUAAUUUUCAAAUUCUAUUUUUAUUUGAACUUUGGAAGUUGGAAGUUCUCAUGGUAACCCUGACAUGUGGGAAUAAAAUGUCUGCGCCUGUC